AAAUUGUCUAUAAAAGUACAUAGAGCAAAGUAUUCAGUAUUUAUAAGUUUUAAAUUUAAGUUUAAAAUAAUAGUAGAUUUAUUAAACAUCCCGUAAAUUAUGAGUUUACUGUUGGGGUCAGUGUUGGCACCGAUUUAUGAGACAUACGAGUGGUGUCUCAUAGGACUUAUUGUGGCGGUGAUCGCGUACUACUACUUUUGGUGGAGGAAUGCCUUAAGCUAUUGGAAGGAUCGACACAUUCCUGGUCCAAAACCCAUACCUAUAGUCGGAAACUACUUGAAUAAUGCCUUAAAAGUGCGACCAUUUGUGGAGAUGGAGUGGUAUAAGACAUACGGCAAAGUUUAUGGAUUAUACAUAUUAUCGAAGCCUAGGCUAACAGUUGCCGACCCGGAGCUCAUCAAACAGAUUCUGGUCAAAGAUUUUGACGCAUUUCGUAACCGACAGUCACGCCCCGGAGUAAUGGACUGGUCCUCAAGAAUAUGUCCAGAGCUAGGGAUGACGACUGAAAACGGGUCCGGACUAUAGCCAGCCCGCCUUCAGGUUUAGUAAAGUGAG